AUGUCAUUUCUUUCUUUCUUUCCUUCUUUAUUUAUUUAUUUAUCUCCUUUUUUCCAUUUGUCUUUCCUUCCUUCCUUCCUUCCUUCCUUCCUUCCUUGCCUCCAUAUUUCCUUCCAUCUUUCCAUCUUUUUUCUUCUUUAUGUCAUUUAUUUCUUUCUUUCCUUCUUUAUUUCUUUCUUCAUUUCUUUAUUCAUUUAUCUCCUUUCUUUCCAUUUGUCUUUCCUUCCUUCCUUCCUUCCUUGUCUCCAUCUUUCCUUCCUUCUUUCCAUCCUUUUUCUUCUUUAUGUCAUUUCUUUCUUUCUUUCCUUCUUUAUUUAUUUAUUUAUUUAUUUAUCUCCUUUCUUUCCAUUUGUCUUUUCUUCCUUCCUUCCUUCCUUCCUUGUCUCCAUCUUUCCUUCUUUCUUUCCACCUUUUUUGUUCUGUAUGUCAUUUCUUUCUUUCUUUCUUUCUUUGACUUUUCUUCCUCCCUUCUUUCCAUCUUUCCUUCCUUCCUUCUUUAUGUAUUUCUUUUCUUUCUUCUUUUUCUUUCUUUCUCUCCUUUGUUUCCUUCUUUCCUUUCUUUCCUUCUCUCUUUUCUCUCCUUUUGUAUUUUCUUCAUUCCUUCUUUCCAUCUUUCCUUUCUUUUUUGUAUCCAUCUUUCCUUCCUUAUUUAUGUCAAUAUUUCAUUCCUUCCUUCUUUCCAUUUUUCUUUUUUCUUUCUUCCUUUCUUUCUUUCUUUCUUUCAUUCUUUCUUUCUUUCUUUCUUUUCAACUUUCUUUCUAUCUUAAUUUCAUCCCUUCUUUUCUUCUCUCCAUUCUUUCUUUCUACCUUUCCUUCUUUCUUUCCAUACUUUUUUCCUUCUUUAUGUUCAUCUUUCUUUGCUUCUUUCUACCCAUGUUUCCUUCCUUAUGUCCUUCUAUCUUUUUUUCUUUCUUUCUUUCUUUCUUUUCAUCUGUCUUUCUUUCCGUCUAUCUUUCUAUCUUUUUUCUUUUAUUCCAUUCUUUCUUUUGGUCUUUCUUUUUUUCUUCCUACCUUCCUUCUUUCUUUCCUUCGAUGUUGAUAUACCACACUACUUCAAAUAAAAAGUGA